AUGGACCUGACCUCCAGGAGUACCCACACACCACACACCUUGGAUGCUGAGACUAAAAACACAUUACCCAUUAACCCCACCAACAGUAACACCACAAAGUCUCUAUCUUUCUCCAACGGCACCCCCAAGCGCCACCCCACCACCUCCACCGGUGCUCCGUGGUCACAACCACCGUCCAUGGUCGUUUCCUACAAAGAAUGUCUCAAAAACCACGCCGCCAGCAUAGGUGGCCAUGCACUUGAUGGCUGUGGCGAGUUCAUGCCUUCCUCCUCCAUCAACCCCACCGACCCUCGCUCACUCAAAUGCGCCGCGUGUGGCUGUCACCGCAACUUCCACCGCCGUGAUCCUCAAGAACACAUCAACCUCAACAUCAACAACGUUAACAGAAACGCCAUUACCAUGGCCACUACCACCACCAACAACAAUAACCCCAGUUUUCUUAGCUGCAUCUACACCCCUUCAGCACCAGCACCAAUCUCUCAGCGAGCCAUGAGCCAAAGCACGAGUCCGAGCUUGAGUUCGAGCCCGAGCCACAGUCCAAGCCCGAUGUCAAGCCCCUCACCUCCUCCACUCUCUCACUUACCACCGUACCACGCUUCAGCACCACACAUGCUUUUAGCCCUCGGCACUGCCUAUUCUACACCGUCGGAUGAACAUCAGCACCACAAAGGCCUCACCUUUUCAAGCGUGAUGCUGAAUACCGAGAACCCGAAGAAGAGGUACAGGACCAAAUUCAGCAAGGAGCAGAAGGAAAAGAUGCAUAGCUUCUCCGAGAAACUGGGAUGGAGAAUGCAGAAAGGGGAUGAUGGAUUGGUCCAGGAAUUUUGUAAUGACAUUGGGGUCUCUAGAGGUGUCUUCAAGGUGUGGAUGCACAACAACAAGAACACUCUCAGGAAAAGAUCGGAUCAAGGGGAAAACGCAAAUGCAAAUGAAAAUUCUCCUCGAAGUACUGGGGAUCAUGAUGACGGCAAUAAUACCAGUGGUGGAGGUGGCUUUGAUAGUGAUAUCAACAACCCCUACAACCCAAAUAGCAACAACAGCAACAAUGAUAUUCACAUAAAUGAAGAAGAUGGAUGUGGUAAUGUUCGUGUUUCUCUUAAUGAGUUGUCAUCUUAG